AUUGGCGUAGUCCUGCGAUUUUCGCUGGACGUGCAUGUCAAAAAUUUGUGAUGGCGGCGAUGUUGAAGGUUAGUGGACAGUGAAUAAACAAGUUACCCACUCAAAAGCAUGGACAAGGCACAAUUUACAUUUGAAGAUAAAUGGCCGUAUAUGCGACCAAUUAUAUUGAAAUUACUUAAGCAAGAGCCAGUGACGCAGGCAGAAUGGCAGGAUUUAUUUUACUCUGUCCAUGUAUGUUUAUGGGAUGAUAAAGGACCCCCUAAAUUACGUGAUGCUCUAAAAGAAGAUAUAAUGGAUUUUAUACAACAAGCUCAACAGAGAGUUUUAACACAUCAAGAAGAGCAAGCAUUGUUGAAAGCAUAUAUAGCCGAGUGGAGAAAGUUUUUUACACAAUGUAACUAUUUACCAACACCGUUUAGACAAUUAGAAACGUAUCUCGCAGGAAAAACUAGUUCUAGUACUCAAAAGAGGAAUCAGCCUGAUGACAUUGUUAGAAAGCUAAUGUUGGAUAGCUGGAACCAAAGUAUAUUCAAUGAAAUAAAACAAAGACUCCAGGAUGCAGCUAUGAAAUUAGUAAGAGCUGAAAGAAACGGUGAAGCAUUUGACUCUCAACUUGUUAUUGGUGUCAGAGAAUCUUAUGUAAACUUGUGUUCAAACACAUCGGAUAAGCUUGAGAUAUAUAGAGACAAUUUUGAGGCAGCAUAUGUACAAGCCACCGAAGCGUUCUACUGGGUUAAAGCGCCAGAGUAUCUAUCUAUGCACGGUGUAGAAAAUUAUAUGCGUUAUGCCGACUCCAAGUUGCGAGAGGAGGAAUUGCGUGCUCAGAAAUACUUGGAGCCGAAUACCACUAGUAUGCAAAGAUUAACAGAAUGUUGCGUGAAAGUGUUAGUCGCCACCUUCAAACCAGCCAUACUCGCGGAAUGCCCGCGGAUGAUUCAACAUAAUCAAACUGAUAAGCUUCGCCUCAUGCUGAAGUUAAUGGACAGAGUAUCCGACGGCGUCAAUCCUAUGUUGCGAAAUUUGGAAGAACACAUCGCGUGCGCGGGCCUGGCGGACAUGAUGGCAGCUGUGGACGUUAUUACACAAGAUUCCGAGAAAUACGUGGAAAGACUGUUAGAGCUCUUCCAUAGAUUUUCCACGCUCGUUAAAGAGGCGUUCGAUGAUGAUCCACGGUUUCUUACAGCACGAGACAAAGCUUAUAAGCUCGUUGUCAAUGACGCCACGGUAUUUAAGUUAGAAUUGCCUACUCGGCAGGGUUCCGGGAUCAGUAGCGCGUCUGUUUUAAAUAGUAGACCUAUUACUACUAACAAUGGACUGGCCGAGUCGAAGUGUCCGGAACUCCUCGCGAAUUUCUGUGAUAUGCUUCUUAGAAAAACGCCCCUGAGUAAGAAACUAACUACCGAUGAAAUCGAAAGUAAAUUGAAGGAUGUGCUGUUAGUGUUAAAAUACGUUCAAAACAAGGAUGUAUUCAUGCGUUAUCAUAAGGCGCAUUUAACUAGACGGUUAAUAUUGGACACGACCACGGACUCGGAGAAGGAAGAAAAUAUGGUGGACAUGCUUCGCGAGGUCGGCAUGCCCGCGGACUUUGUUAAUAAAUUAGCUCGUAUGUUCCAAGACAUUAAAGUGUCGCAGGAUCUGAAUCAACAGUUCAAGGAACAAUGCCGGGCCGCCAUUGCGGAUAGCAUAAAUAUUAAGAUUCUCAAUGCGGGCGCGUGGGCUAGAGGUAGCGAGCGUGUCACCGUGAGUCUACCGCUCCAGUUGGAAGAUUAUAUUCCAGAGGUCGAAGAAUUUUACAAGAAGAAACAUAGCGGAAGGAAGUUGCAGUGGCAUCAUCACAUGUCGAAUGGCACGAUAACAUUUGCAAAUAAAGUAGGACGUUUCGAUAUAGACGUAACGACCUUUCAAAUGGCGGUGCUGUUCGCCUGGAAUCAACGACCCAACGAAAAGAUCUCGUACGAGAAUCUCCGAUUGGCCACCGAGCUCCCGGAUCCCGAGCUGAGACGGACUCUCUGGUCCUUGUGUGCCUUCCCAAAGCUGAAACGGCAACUUCUUUUGAUAGAACCGCAUGCCGCCACCCCGAAAGAUUUUGCGAAUGACACGAGAUUCUGGGUCAAUCAAGAAUUCACUAUUGUGAAAAACGGCAAGAUGCAAAAGCGGGGCAAGAUAAACCUGAUAGGACGUCUGCAAUUGUCGACGGAGCGUAGCAGGGAAGAGGACAACCAGUCUAUCGUACAGCUCAGAAUAUUACGAGUACAGGAGGCUAUCAUCAAGAUUUUGAAGAUGCGCAAGAAAAUUUCUAAUGCGCAAUUACAGACCGAACUAGUGGACAUAUUAAAAAAUAUGUUUUUGCCGAGUAAAAAGAUGAUAAAGGAACAGAUCGAAUGGCUCAUCGAACACAAGUAUAUUCGUAGGCACGACGAUGACAUUAAUACAUUUGUGUAUAUGGCAUAACACGGGAUUAUAUAUACAUACAAGAUUGUUCGAGCUAUGGUUAAUAUUAUAUUUUUAUAAAACAAAAGAUUUUUAGUUUUCUCAUAUGCGAGGAUACAUUCGAGUCCACAGUGUUGCGCGAUUAUGUUUUACCCGUUUUCCUGUAAUACAGUGAAGAGAAAGAAAAGAGCGAUAUAUUAUUCAACUGGGUCUUCAAGUAAGAAGCACAUGUCUACAAAACAAAGCCAUAUCGCCACUAAACAAUUGUUAUUAUGUGAAAUGUAUAGCAAAAGUCUGGGGAAAAUGUCGCAAUAAUAAUAAGAAAUCAUAUGCGGUGUACAAUAUUAUAUUAUGAUAAAAUUAAUGUUUAGUUUACUUUGGCAUUGAAUAGAUUAAUCUAAUUAAGAAUUUGGAAUUUUAAAAAAAAAUGAGAAUCACCGGCAAUACUAUCAUUGAUUCAACUGUUUAUAUUCUUAAAAUAUCUAUAUUUAUAUAUUUAAUCUGUACUGUCAAUCUUGAAUUUGUUAAAAGAAAAAAAAGUUACAGCAGUCGACAUGCAAACAGCAAUUUGGCACUAAAAACAUCGAUAGAUUCUUGCACAAAUCUAAACGAUGGUGCACGACGGUAUUGUAUGUACAUUGCAUCAAAUUCAAUCGUAAACAAUAAAAAUUCGCAUAUACUUGAAUAAAUAUAUACAUACUGUAAUGUUUUACAUACGGAUUUACUCGUUACUAAUUAAAAUGUGGACUACUGCGAAAGGUUUGUUCGAAUAUUCUCUACACUAUAUGGCAUUCUUAAUUUUAGCCCUAGGAUUUUAUAAUCAAAUUUGCGGACGGCGUUUCGAAGAUGUUCAUACCUCUCAUUUUCAGAAUACACAUUAAAAGCCCGACGAAUAAUGUCAUUCAAUGGCCUACUUUGGUGCGUAAAGCAUGUACCUCGCAACACCAAACUUGAUUUUAGUGGUGAUGAGAACACGUGUAUUUGUAUGAUGAUUUCUAUACCUCCGGAACAGUCUUACGAUGGUUCGAAUCGUUGAAAUAAGUCAGAAAAGUAGUUACUUAAGCAAAUAAUAAACGACGGUCAUAUGUAUAAAGCUUUUAUAUAACGUCAAUAAGUGAAAGACGAGUGUAAUGGUAUAAAAUCUCAAUGAAUUAAACGACAGACUAUUUCAUAACUGUGUACAAUACGUCAUUAUCGAAUCUUGUCGAUCUCUACUUCAUCUAUCAUUGUUUAUACAGACAAACGGAAUAAAUUCCACGUGGCAAUGAGUAACGUUCACAUCAGACCAUAUAAAUACAUAUAUCAGAAUCUCUCUUCUUUUUUUUUUUUAACGUAAAAUAAUUUGUAUUUAUAUUUUCUUCGAUACAAAUAAUUUGUACAUUAUUUCCUCUGGUGUAAUAAUACGUAUUUGUUUAGAUCUUGAUUUUCGGCAAAGAAAGAUUACACUUGACACCGAAACGGUUUUUCACACCGUUUCGACGCCGGAAGAAUAUAAGCCAUACUAUGUGUUAAAGUAAGUGUUACUAUAAAGUAUUUAUAAAUAUUCAACAAUUAGGUUUUAGGUCACAGAUCUUGCAUUAACAGGAAUAAUACGUUUCACUUACAGAACAAUAUAUACAUAUACACAAUCACCACUGCCGCUGUGUAAAUCAGUAACGCUGAUAUGAUCACAUGCUGUAUUGAUAUUUCUAUCCUAUUUUUCUUCUAACUUAAUCCUUAAAGAGCAGAGUGAUAACAAUAAGUUAAACUUUGUUAACAAGAGACCAUAGAUAUAGAUUUAGGAUAGCGUGUAAUGUUCAAGCUAAUGCGAACUAGCUCCCUACGGAAAACACAGAACGAAGAACCACAUGAUAACUUUUUUUUUAGAACAAUACAUUCGUAUACACACACAUAUCACAUACAUAUUAAUGCCAUAUAUCUCCGUAGAUUUUACUUUUUUCUCGCACGCAUGCAAAAAUCUUGAUAGAGAACUCGAUUGACACAAUCGUGAAAGCAUCUUUUUUUUUAAGAGAAAGAGGAAUAUAAGUAAAUAAAAGAAAAAUCCUUGAAACUUUGAUUCUCUGAUUUUGUCAAGUGUUCUAACAUUAGUAUCAUCUGUGGAUUCACAACAAUAGUCUGCAUUAGACAUUACGUGCUGUUUAACAAUCUGAAUAACACACCGACAACGAGAGGUAGAAUUGCAAAAUCUGUAUGCAUCUUCAACAACUUUUCUUCAAUACAUUAAUUGUUAGCUUCACCACGUCGGACGUAAUUUGUCAUGAUAUGCGAUUAUUGACAUUUAUUAAGAAGAGAACAAAGAUGCGCGCGUGGUGUACGUUUAAAUUGUCGAAAAUUUCUUGAACCCACAAUGUGCAUUGUAACAGAAAAAAAAAAA